AGCAGAACACAGUGCAGGUCUGAUGACAGCAACCAGCCCAGACUGUCCGCUGGUUACACCUACAGUCACCACUACAACAACAUCCCCGGCGGUGUUUGAUGCCCGAGCUUUUGCCAUUCACCAGACCUUUUCGGCCGUUUUAAGAAGGCCUUUGUCUACUAGGCGGCACCGACCUUCAUGCUGAAAGCUCAAGCAUUGUGAGGGUGGUGCCAGAUGGAUCAUGGUGGUCAGCUUGAGAGGGAGGGCAAAGUAAUGUCACAUCUUCAGGUGGGCGGGGUUGACCUCUGUGAUAACCUUUCCAACCCUGAAGCCCUCACUGCCACUCGAAACCUUAAUGAGACAAACAUACUCACACAGACUCAAAGUCUCUCUCCUUCACAAAAUGAAGAGGGAGCAGGGCUCAUCCAAAAAGCCUCUGUCAACAUUGGGAAGGACAUGGAGGAGGGCUACACAAGAAGAAGCAGAGAGGAGAAUGAGGAAGAAGACAUUGAUGAGGUGAUGAAGGAAGAAGAGGAGGAAGAAUCCAGCUGUCUGAUUCGCUGCCAGUCUCCAGACACUCCUAUGACUGAUUCCUCAUAUUCAGAAACCGGCAGUCUCUUGGAGACUCCAGAUCCUUUCAGCCCUGGGACCAGUCCAGAGCCUACAUCCCCAGUCAUUCCAGUGGUCAGCCCAGAAGCUGCAUAUCCUACCAGUGAAGUGGAACUCAGCCAGAGUGAUGUCAAUGUGGACUCUCAUAACACUGAAUCAGUUACCUCCACCAUAGGGUCUAUUACACUGGGACCCACCUUAGAUUCUACGACACUAACUAGAACCGCAGACACCAGGCCUAGCAGCCCACCUGGGACAACAUGUACCACAGAAGCUACAGACAGGAUAGAAAAAAAUCCCAGCUUCACUACAGAACAUCUUACCUUUUCCACAGACCUUACACAUGGGCCCACAUGCACCAGAGGGUUUGCCAGCUCCUCUGCAGAACCUAUCACCUCAACUGCAGAGACAUUUACAGUCACUGCUUGCACCACAAGGCUCAACACUUCCAUUGCUCCCCCCCCUGUGAGUGCAACACCAGGACCCCUUACUAUCACCACAGGGCCUGCACCUACUGGUACAGAAUCCACUACCACCACAGGACCUAAAACCUCAAAUUGGGAACACAUUACCUCCACACCAGUGCCCACUUGUUUCUCAGUCUCCACCUGCGCCACAGGGUCUAUUCAAAGUCCUGCCCUGCUGAUGUCUCUGGAUGAGUUGGCACAAAGAGGAGAUGACACUUACCUUCCACAGUACCUUCACCAGAUUGCCGAGGCCUUUGUACUUGACGGAGACUACCAGCGGGCAUUAUGGUGCAUCCAACUAGAGAGAGUCUAUCACCAGAGAGUAUUGGACAACCUGAAUGCACUACAAGAGCAGUGGGAGACUCAGUGUAGAAGUCCAUCUUCUGAACUGGCAACCCAACAUCUGGACACUCUUAAAAACAUCUGCCAGACGCACAGUCGACCAGGAGCGAGAGAUGCUGUGUGUGCAUCCCUUUUGAGACCUACAUUUGAAGAAGGAGGUGCACUGCCUUCAUGUACCUCAGCCCCUCAGGUUGACCAAGGGAUGGACCAGAGAGCUGAAGACUCCUCCCGUUCUCAGAGCACACAUCCAGUCAAACCCUCCGUAAAUUUAACUGACAGCCUCAAUUCCCCUGAGACAUCAGAAAAGGAGAGAGAAGACCCAGACAGGGAAGUAGAGGGGAGGGACCGUUUCCAUGGAGAACAGCUGACUGACAAGCAAGGCAGCAACCGAGAGGGAGAAGAGGCAGGAGGAGGGGCUGGAUACACCAUUUCAGUCAUAGGAAAUGGACUGCACCCCUCUACAGCUGGAGAAAUGGAUCGGUCCAAGCCCGCAGAGCAGCAGGGAGGAGAUUUAGGUCCCGUGCAGAAAAAGGAGGCAAAAAGGGACGAAGAGGAGGGGGAUGUGGAGGAGGCAGCCGAGGCUUUGGAGAUGGAGGAUGAUGGAGAGGAAGAAGAGGACGAGAAGCGAAAGGAAGGAGGCUCUCCUCUGUGUCAGAAAGCUCUCCCAGUGGAGACUCUGGUCAGCGGGACAGAGGUGGAGGAACAACAGCUGCACCAGGAAGCCCUAGCUGAGCAGAUGCUACAUGAGGAGACCCAGGAGAGCACUAAAACCUGCCUGAAUCAGGAGGCCCGCCUUCCUCAAGAGGCUCACAUGAACCAGCAGGAGCAGGUAGAGGAGGGGGAGGAGGAGGAAGAGGAGGAGGAGGAGGAGGAGGAGGAGGAUUACGAAGUAGAGCAAGCUGAUAUCAUCAGAGCAGCUGCCUCACUGGAUGAUAUGGCUAAACUCAUCACUGUCGAGGAGCUGUCUCCUGCUUCUGGCCUGGUCUCAAUAUUGAAGAAGCGCCGCGCUUGUGUGGACAACGUGAGUGUGUCUGCCAGCUCAGACCCCCGACCUGACAAAACCCCUGCCAAAAGACGCGUCCGCUUCAGAGUCCCUGAUGACGGCUACGAUCAUGAUGUUGGAGGUGGAGAUUCCUGCCUGCUUCUCUUCCUGCUUUGUCUGGUUACUGUAGUGAUCAGCGUGGGUGGCACCGCCCUUUACUGUGCACUAGGUGAUGCCCACUCCUCAGUCUGUCAGGACUUCUCCAGAAAUGCAGACUUCUACGUUGGCCAGAUACAGCGUGGAAUAACUCAAAUCCAACAUUGGUUUGCCCCCGGGUCGUAGCAGCAAACAAUAGGUCAACAUUGUGGAGCCACUGGCAUUACUGCUUAUCACUGUAGGCUCCAGCAGGACUCACAACUUCCUGGGAGCAUGUUUUAUGAAAUAACGAUCUCAGGCAGCUGCUACAGUCCCUGCUGCUAUGUGGAGUAAGAGCUAUUAUGCUGCCUAAUUGGCUAAACGAUUACAUCAGAUACGUUUGCCAUUUGCAAGCAAGCUCUCCUGCAUUUUUAAUGCUUCUUGAAUACAAUCCCAGGGAUCAUUGGGCCUAAAAGUCACAGGUCAUAUGUCCCUUUGCAACAGUAGUCUGAAAGGGAAAGUAGAAAAGGAAUGGAGACUGCAUAGCAGAAGAGGAAGAACUGACCUGCGCCCCUCUCAACCCUGCCCAUAUUAAAGAGGUUAGACAUUUUGAAGCUAGGUUGAGAAAUAUAUAAUGUGGCUCAAGUGUCCUAUUGAACUACAUGCUCACUGUCAGUCAGUGAUACUUGAGUUUCAAAAGUCAAUGGUAGAUAAAUCAACCAUGACUGGAUACAAACUUUCACUGACGCCUGCAAGACUCAACUCCCUCAGUGUAAGAGUAAGAACAAAGUAAUAAUAGAGAUGUAAAAAAAGUAUGUAUAAUGUAUAGUUUGUUAACAGGGGCACCCAAAGAUGCUCUCAUGAAACACACUGCACAAAGGAAGCGGCCCAAUGGGCAUUUUACAAACUGCUGCAACCACUAGUGUUGCUUUUAAUGUUGACUUUUUUUAAACCUGAAAUGAAAUUUUAAAAUGAACAUAGCAUUUUGUGGUCUACUACUUGGAAUGAAAUCAUUAUGUCUUAAUCAAACUUUGAAUGUUUGGAGUUUAAUGUUAAACUUUGCUUUGUGUCACUCAUGGGGCAUUUAUAUAUAAUUCACAUUUGACUUGAGUGUUCUGUCUCUGCCCUUUUCUGUACAAUGUUUUGCAGUGAGCUGACAUGGCUGCCACUGGAGACAAAGGGCCCUAUCUUACACCUGGUGCAAUGCACCGCACAGUGUAGCGCAACUGUCAUUGCUAGUUUCAGACUGAUGCAGUUAUCAAUUUUUUAAGCCCCAUGCCGACAUUGUGUAAGUAGCAAAUGUGUGGGCUUGUUAGUCUUUAAAUGAGGUUUGCUCUGGCGCAUUGCUAUCGUGAGGCAGCAGAAAGCAUUUGUGCCUAUGACCAACAAAAACCUGGUCCAAAGUCAGUGGCACAGUGCUUUUCUGCGAUUUAAAGGGCACAUUACUCAGAUAGUAAAACGCGCUACAUAUGUGGUGCAAUCGUUCUUGGCUUUUAAAAGGAAUGGGUGACGACACUUUGAUUGGUUUAAUUCAAGUUGCGCCCAAAACACACGUUUGAUAAAUACAACCCCUUCACCUGUUGCGCCUUACUUUGUACCCAGAUUAUGCGCCGUUUCACUAGCAAAAUUGAGUUGGAUUUGUCCUGAAUGCACUUGCGCUAUGCACUUUACACCGUGCGCUGUAGAUCAACAAGGCCCUAAAAGUCCAAACUAUUCAUUUAUGAGUUUCAAUGAGCUAAAUUUAGCUUUGUGUAGCAUAUGCAACAUGUACAGAAACACAGUGCACCUCUGUAUAUACUAUUGUCAGAAGAAUGUUCAACAUGUUGCACAUAAGACUGGUACUUUUUUUUUUUUUAAGAUACUGCAAUAUUUCUACUGGAAUUUUUGUGUUGGUCCUCGACCAAAAGCAGGCUUUACAUGAUUUGAUCAGAAAACAAAAAAUAUCCAUAUCCACAAACUGUUUUCAGGUUCAGUGUGAAAAUACUUUACAUGCCAGUGAACAUCAGUUAUGCACAUAUACCAGAAAAUACUCAACUCUUCCAGGGGUCUGUCUAGGUGUGGAGUAUUUUGCUAAAAAAGAAAAAACAGAUAAAUGAGAAGUGUACAAUUAAUGUAGGAAACAGUAAUUUUUAAGUGUACUCUACUGGCCUUGGUGUUGAUGGGAUCAUUUGAAGCUCUGUCUGCCCGUGUGUUUUUAGGGAUUGUGGCCAUCAUGCUCAGUGUGUGAUUUUCAGUGUUUGCUAUUUGUUUUUUUCCAAAAUAAUUCUUUGCAAUUCAGAAUAAUUUUUGCAACCACUUGGUCUUCUAAAGAGUCAUCUCUUUAAUGUUUGCCAUUUCUGUUAAAUGUGUCUGAUGUGUUUCCAUCUGCUGAGUCCAACUUGGACAGAGAAAGAAGGUCUUUCUGGGUGGACAACUGAUGUCUUCCUGAGACACGGAAAGGACUGUUUCACAAAAAGGCUUACGCUUUGUCCAUGUGACCAAUGCUUGAUUGUCACACAGUGCUUUAACUCUUAUUUCUAACCAUUAUACUGCAAACUGUAUUCAGGUUGUUUCACCUGCAUACUUUUUAUGUGUCAUUUCAACAUAUUUCAUGUGGUGUAGUAGUGGAUGCUAUGAAAACUGCCCUCAAAAACAUGUAUCUCACAAAGGUCUUAAUUGUCAGGAUGUAAAGAAAAAACCCUCCAUCAAAGAGGAGCGAUUCAAGUGUCUUACUUAUGCAUUUAAGAGAAACUGUAUUAUCUUUCUCUCAUGACGUGUCACUCACACAAACCUGGUAAUUGUUUGAGAUAUGAGGUUUCCGCGGACAUAAGGAGCUGUAGAUUGAUUCUUGUUUUUAUUUGCACAUGUUGUCUGGCUGGUUCAGAUGACCAUCACUCACAAUACUUCUUAUUUAAUCUUCAAAUGAUUUUAAUUAUUUAUAAUUUAAGGGAUGUCAAGUGUAGGUGGUUGAGAAUAAAACAGAUGCAUCUUUUGCAUCUGUUUUUUGUUUGUUUUCUUUGCUUGAUUCCUGUCAUCAUACAUCAGGUAGAUUUUUCAUCUCUUUUAUCACCAUUGUUCUUAAGGAGGCUUUGACAGAUUUCUUAUUUUAUAAUAACACACCUCUUCUGAAUACCAUCAUCUGGGUUCUUAAUUUUUUUUAACUAAUUUUCCCUUAUCACUUCUUGAAGAUUUUGAAACGGAUGGGUUUGUUCUACUGCUGUCAUUACAAUCUUCAUCACACACAGAUUCCAUCUGUAUUGGAUAUAUUUUUAUUUGCUUCUCCCAAUUGGUUUUUACAGAACAUUCAGCAAUGAAUGAUGAAAAAGGCAUAGUUUUUGUUUAUGAAUCAGUACUGUGUACAACUGUUAGUAGCCUAAAGAGAGGUGUUUUAUGAAUCGGUUGAACUCUUUUCACUUUGUUCUUAUGGAUUGUAUUAAGGAGAGGAGUUUUUUUGUUGUUAAAGGAAAUCACUUCUUCCCUGUUAUGUCUCCUGUUAAAGCCAUUGAAAAAAGUUGUUUGUAAGACUC